AUGCAUGCUGAUCAAGAUCCUUCUACCAAUCCAAACUCAACUUACUAUCUUAGCAACCAUGAUCUUAAUGCUUCCAUACUGGUUAACAUUGUCUUUGAUGGAAAAUUCUUCAAUGAUUGGAAACGUUCUAUGAUGAUAGCACUCUCAACAAGAAAUAAAUUGUGCUUUGUUGAUGGAAGUCUCAUUCAACCAGCAAAAAACUCUGCAAACUACAGAAUCUGGAACAGGGGCGAUGACUUGGUAAUCUCUUGGAUGAUGGCAUCCUUAGAACCUUCAAUUGCAAGAAAUGUGUUGUAUCUCAAAACAACAAGAGAAAUCUGGUUAAACUUGGAAGAAAGGUUUUUCCAAUCAUAUGGACCACAACUCUUUUCUCUACAACAGAAGCUGUGUGAUCUGAAUAAAAAAGAUGAUGAACAGAUUUCAGGUUUUUUCACUAAGAUAAAGCUACUGUGGGAUCACCUUGAUGGUUUGGAUCCUUUGCCUUAUUAUGUGUGCACUGGAUGUAGCUGUAGUCUAACUCAACAACUUCUAAAAUCUCAACAGUACCAAAGGCUCAUUCAUUUUUUGAUGAAGCUGAAUGAGAAGUAUGAUCAUUCAAAAAGUUGUGCACUGGAUGUAGCUGUACUCUAA